UAUGCAAACCCAAGCUAAUGAAACGGAAAAAAUAGAGUUACGCCGUUUUUAUGGCGCUGGAGAUCAAAACGCAGCGUUUCGAUCAGAGUUUUGCCCAGGCAGUAGGCAAAGGCCCACAGGCUAAAAGCUUCUUCAAUCCUCCUCUUUCCCUUCUUUGUCUCUUCAGCCUCGGUUUCCCGGGUCUCAGGACUUCAAAGCUGGUUUUGGAUCAUAAUGGAGGAAGAGAAGGAUGCUUUCUAUGUAGUCCGAAAGGGAGAUAUUGUUGGCUUGUAUAAGAGUUUCAGUGAAUGCCAAGCUCAAGCUGGAUUUUCCGUAUGUGAUCCUUCCGUAAGUGUGUACAAAGGAUAUUGUCUGCCGAAGGAUGCUGAAGUAUUCCUUGCCUCACAUGGGCUUAAGAAUGCAUCCUAUGUAAUCAAUGCUGCUGAUGUGAAAGGUGAUAUUUUUGGCAAACUUCAGGCUUGCCCUUUCCAGCAACCAGGUUCUUCUAAGGGAACAUCUAGCCAGGAUCUCCCACAAAAGAGAUUGCAUGAAGCGAUUGAAUCUAUAAAUUUCCAGGGAGCAGUUGGACCAAAGUCAAUUUCAACAAAUUGUCAGAGAAAACAUUCUAGGUUAGAGAACUGUAUAGAGGCUCAAGCAAUGUCUUCGAAUUGUCACUCCUGGCUUCUUCAGUUUGAUGGUGCUUCAAAAGGAAAUCCUGGACAAGCUGGUGCAGGAGCGGUGCUGCGAGCUGAUGAUGGAAGUGCGGUUAUCCAUUUGCGUGAAGGUGUUGGCAUUGCAACCAAUAAUGUUGCUGAAUAUCGAGCCUUGAUUUUAGGAAUGAAAUAUGCUCUUAAGAAAGGCAUUAAACGCAUACGUGCCCGGGGAGACUCUCAACUUGUUUGUAUGCAGUUUCAAGGGUUAUGGAAAACUAAAAACCAAAACAUGGCUGACCUUUGUGAAGAGGCCAAGGAGCUCGGCAAAAAGUUUUUGUCAUUCCAGAUUGAGCAUGUCCUUAGGGAAUUCAACUCUGAAGCUGAUGCUCAAGCAAAUCUAGCUGUAAAUCUAACGAGUGAGAGCUGUCGAGCACUUUUUAUUUUUUGGCAUCUUUGAGUUUUUUCUCAGCAAAUAACUGAUGUGAUCUUAUGCUUACUCAGAUGGUCAAGUUCAAGAGGAAUAUAAAAAGUAGUUUGAAGGGGCUACUGCUUAGAAGAGGUUUUACAGCUGCUGCUCUAAUAUCAAACAGAUUAACAAAUGCAACAAAUUAAAACAAUAUCUUGAAACGACCUGCUCAGCCCUUGAUGUUGCACUGUUACUCUAAUUAUCAUUUUCCGGUUUCGAAGUUAUGAAUCCUUCUUGAAUUCCUGCAUCUUGGGCAUUGGGGGUUCAAUUAUGUUAUCAAUGAAUUCCAUGAAUAGAUGAAUAUAUUUAAGUAGAUUUUUAGUGCA